UAAAAUCGACAUUUUCCGACGUUUUUCUGUAUUGAUCUGACAAUUGUCAAAAUUUUGUUUUUAAAUUAUUUUUAAGUUGUAAAUUAACGAGUUUGAUAGAAUGGGAAGAAGGAGUAGGUCAAAAUCCCCUUUUGGCUCUAGAAGACGGGAUAGAGAAAGGGAUAAAGAAAGAGACAGGGAUCGAGAAAGAGAUAGAGAGAGGGAGCGACACAGGAGGAAAAGAUCAAGGGAUAGAUCACGGGACAGGGAAAGAAGACGUCACUCCCUUGACAGGGAUGGCAGAAGGCGAUUUUCACGUUCCAGAAGUAGAUCUAAAUCACAAGAAAAAAGAAGCCAUAAAUCAUUACUUCCAGAAAGACCAGUAGUAACAGCAGCAGAUCUAGAAGGUAAAAGUGCAGAUGAGCAAGAAAUGAUGAAAUUAAUGGGAUUCUGUAACUUUGAUACAACAAAGGGAAAGAAAGUAGAGGGAAACGAUGCUGGUGGUGUGCACGUUAUAUUAAAAAGAAAAUAUAGACAGUACAUGAAUAGGAAAGGUGGUUUCAAUAGACCUCUAGACUUUGUCGCUUGAAACUUUUAUACAAAUAGUGAACGUUUUUAUAAGUGGAACAACCAUUACUUACCUCAACGUGGGGCCUGUAAAAUUAUAAAAUAACUUUGAACCCAUUUAGUAAUACCUACUUUAACAAAAAUUGGAUAUCCAAAUAUUUAUAGCAACUGGCACUUUACAGAGCCUCAACCUCACCUCAUGUAAACCUCAUUUAAUGACCUGUAUGGGCCACUACCCCUAUACUUCAAUUUCAUGUUAAUUCCAUACCUCAAAUGUAUCAGGUUUUUAUUAUUGAUUUUUUAAAGUGUUGAGUACAUUGUUGUUAAACUAUCUUUAAAAAUAUACUUAACGGUUGUUCAGUUAAUUUCACUUUUUGUAUUGUACACGCGAUAUAAGACUUCAUUAAAGAUAACUAAUUGAAAAUAAAGAUUGAAAAUAAUUUGUAUUUUAUGAAAUAAAAUUUAAUUAAGA